GUGGUAGUUUACUGCCAGUCUUUUUUUAAGUGGUCCGAGACAGCCGCCAUUGCUUCGGUGAAUAGGUCUAUGUUUGUUGCAGUUUAUUCUGUGUACUCAAUGUUGCGUUUUUCAGCUAACCCUUGCAAACGUACUGUGAUGUUUUGGUGGGCUAUUCGUCAACAUUAGGCUACUGCAGAUGAUACAAAGUAGCUAAGUUGAAACGUUGAGUGCCAUCUUAUUUGAGUACAAAGGGAAAAAAAGAGCAUCGGCCUCCAAGACGCAUUUAGCUCGGAAAUAUCAACCCAGUUGUAGAUUAAGUCACCGGUGAUAGUUCGCUUUAUUUGGUAUUUUUUGAAGAAAUUGAUUUUUCACUGCCUUGACCAUGUCGCUUCACGGUAAGCGCAAAGAAAUUUACAAAUACGAGGCGCCAUGGACGGUAUAUGCAAUGAAUUGGAGUGUGCGACCAGACAAGCGCUUUCGUCUCGCUCUUGGCAGCUUUGUCGAGGAGUACAAUAACAAGGUAACUAAUUUUUUCCCCAAACAUUCCAAUAUGAAUUAAAUUAGCCUACCAUUAAUCCUACUAGGGUAGACCGGGGAACACAGUAACAACAAAAUACAUCAAAUUGGAAAUAACGUAGAAACCUGUUAUUCAAUGUGCUAAUACUUGGUUAGUCAACCUGGUCCCAGACCAUUUCGCAUUAUUCUGUACGUAAAUCAGAGACACUCCAUUUAGUUUAUGUUUCGUAUGGUAUGUAUGAAUUUGUGAAUGUCCAUCAGCCAUUUUAUAUAUGUUACGAAUUACAAUAAGUAUUAUAAGUUACGAUUUUUCAAAACAUACUUAAUGUUACGAAUAUGCAAAACUGUAUAAUAUGUUAUGAAUUCUAGCUAGGUGGCUAGCUGGCUAACGUUAGCUAACAUGCUAAGUACUACAUUUUACAUUUUACAUUUUAGUCAUUUAGCAGACGCUCUUAUCCAGAGCGACUUACAGUUAAGUGAAUACAUAUUUAUUUUAUACUGGCCUCCCGUGGGAAUAGAACCCACAACCCUGGCGUUGCAAACGCCAUGCUCUAUCAACUGAGCUACAUCCCUGCCGGCCAUUCCCUCCCCUACCCUGGACGACGCUGGGCCAAUUGUGCGCCGCCCAUGAGUCUCCCGGUCGCGGCCGGCUGCGACAGAGCCUGGAUUCGAACCAGGAUCUCUAGUGGCACAGUUAGCACUGUGAUGCAGUGCCUUAGACCACUGCGCCACUCAGGAGGAAUCAAAGAGGAAUAGGCGAAGCAUGAAUAUGUGAAGAAUGAAUAUGUUGGCUACAUGAAGAAACAUUUAAUGUAGGCAAAGACUUUAGGGUCCCCUAGGAAACACUACCAUCAUUUUCGUUCCUACCCUGUAACUCCUCCCUGGCAUUUUCAUUCGUUGUCAUGUCAAACACUGUAUUCAAAGUGCCUACUAUUAUUUAUUCUUAUUCUAUAGUUACUAGGGGCUGGGCGACAUGUCAAAAAUGGAGGGUAUAAAACAUGUAUAUAUACUGUAUUUUAUGUUUUUGAAUAAUACAAGUUCUAAAUUUGCUUUAUGAGUAGUGCGUGACCCAACGGUGGUAACGCAUACAUUCUAAGUGAUUGAAUGGGUCUUUGUCCAUUCUGAUUGUUUUACACUGUUCAAUUCAACUUCAACCUAAAAUAAUUUCCUGCAUUUCCAUCAAUUUCUGCAUUUCCUGCACUCAUUUGAAAUAAAUUUCACACUGCCACGUAGGGCUGCACGAUAUGGGCAAAAAAAUAGGCCUUAUUUUUAACCAUAUAUUGCGAUUUAGAUCAAAACAUGGAAAUAUAAUGUUUAUUCUUAUUCUAUAGUUAGAAUAUAAAUAAUAGUAGGCACUUUGAAUACAGUGUUUGACAUGACAACGAAUGAAAAUGCCAGGGAGGAGUUACAGGGUAGGAACGAAAAUGAUGGUAGUGUUUCCUAGGGGACCCUAAAGUCUUUGCCUACAUUAAAUGUUUCUUCAUGUAGCCAACAUAUUCAUUCUUCACAUAUUCAUGCUUCGCCUAUUCCUCUUUGAUUUAGAAGAUACUGUUGUACAAACAACAUGCUUAUUUAGGCCUACACCAGCACUGGUAUCAGGCUGUAUUAGCUUGCUACGUUUGAUCUGACUCAGUACAUUUUAUUAGCUAGCUAGCCAGCUAACUAGCGAUUAGCAUUAGUGGCUAACACAAUUUAGCUAAAACCUGCUAAGAAAAACAAACUAGUUGUUUGCAGAUGUAAGAAACACUAAUCGUGUAAUUAUAGAACACUUGUGGAUUUAUAUUAAGAAGCAAACUGGAAACAACAUCUUUGUCAUCAACAUUGUUGCAUGUGCUGCAUUAGCCAUGCAGACUGAAUGCAAGUGUCUCAUGGUCAAGCAACAACAAACGGCAUGGGGAGAGAGAGCGGAGAGGAAUGACUCAAGUAGCGGUGUAAACUAUAAAAAUGGACGUUACACACGGCAUAUCACAUUUAACAAACCAAAUAUUCAAAUACCAUUAUAGAAGGUAAAGGAAAAACCCAAAAUGGUCCGUGCAUCAGUACCGGUAUAUAGUCAAAUACGAUAUACCGCCCAGCCCUACUAAGUAGUUGCAAAGUAGCAAAACAUUUCUAAGUAGUUGUCUGUGAUGAGAUUAGAACUCGCAAUUUAUGGGUUGCUAGAUGUUCGCGUUAUAUGCCUACCAUCCACCCCGACCAACCACCCUACUUUCGGUUUUGCCUUAAGUAACACCUGUCUUGUGUAACAAUACCAAACUUAACAUAUCAUAUUAAUUUGAGUGUCCCAGAUUUAUAUUUACUAUGUUACGUCUAGGCUAUGAGACCAGGCUGGAUUAGUGUAUCUACAUACCUAGGAAGUUUUGCUUAAAUCCAUAAUUACCUUUGUUUCAUUGAUGACAAAUGUUUUUUCUGGUCAAAUUGUAAAUAUUCUUGCUGCGCCUCUUUCUUGAUUAUUGACCUGCGGAACGUUCCCCAUGUAUCUAAUCAUAUCAUUUUUGUCAGUAAGAAGAGGUGUUUUUAUUGGUAUAGGCUAGUUGAUGAGAAUUGUUGUAUUUUUUCUCACGAUUCGGAUUAGACUCAGAUUUGUAAUUUGUUACAAUUAACCCCUUGCCUAGCCAGCAGAUCCGACCUGCUUGCUUACAGCUGCACUAGGGUCAGACAGGCUUCCUGUGUAGAUUAAGACGCCGCGGCACCGGUGUGGGAUAUGGCUCGGAAAAUGUACCUCAAUCCAGGGAUGAGAAAUGCGUUGUACUCCGAAUUUUACCAUUUUCACCGAGAAGAUUGAACGACUGCUAGUCUCAGGCUGUAUAUACCAAUUAAUUGUGUAUUACAGCCUGAUUAAUUUGACUAGAACAAUUGCAACAAUAUCCAUCACUGUCAAUAAAACAAAGGUGUCACUGUUGGGUAGUUCCAGUGAAUAAAAUUCAAUACCAUACUUAUCCUCUUCAGAAAACCUUUUUGCUGUGAUUUGACCACACAUUUAAAAUGUUAAUAUCUUAUCCAUAGCGAUAUACAGGAGCAAUAAGGGUUAAGUGCCUUGCUCAAGGGCACAUCGACAGGUUUUUCAACUAGUCGGCUCUGAGAUUUGAACUAGCACCCUUUCAGUUACUGGCCAAACGCUCUUAACCGGUAGACUACCUGCCGCCCCAUACUGUUGUUAUUGUCUGUUUCCCCAUAGGUUCAGAUAGUUGGAUUGGAGGAGGAGAGCUCAGAGUUUGUCUGCCGCAACACAUUCGACCACCCUUACCCCACCACAAAGAUUAUGUGGAUUCCCGACACCAAAGGGGUGUAUCCUGACCUGCUGGCUACCAGUGGAGACUACCUGCGCAUUUGGAGGGUAAGAAGCCAAUUGUCUACUACUGCCAGACCAGUGCCUACCCUGAAUAUUGUAGCGACCUUAACCCAACAUCUAGCGUCAACGUCAAUAGGUUCCAAUCAGAGAGGCCCAUACAUGUGAAGGGCUUGGUAUAGAGAAGCCUGGGGAGACGCUCUCCUGAAUGAAGGGGGUAGUAUAGCGAUCUGCUCACGUCACUUCCUGUUGAACACUUCCUGUUGAACGCAGAAUGAGGGAGAGCUCAGUUUGUUGUUUUGAAAGUGUAUUGGAAAGUUUCUUAGUAGCUAGCUAACUUUUUAGUUUGGAUCCCGCAACGCAUUUGGCAUCAGUUGCUGGGACUGCUACCCUCUGUCCAGUGAUCCUGCCGACCAAGGCCGGGUCUGAGGAGCUAUUUGGCAUAACAGCUAGCCUAGCUGCUAGCUAGCUGCCUAUUAAGCUAGCAGGGUUUCUUGAGGGCUUGAAUGCGACGCUGUUAGCCAUUGUGGCUGGGACCACGUUUUGUCCCGGGUUUGUGGCUGUCUAGAUCCCUGCUGUUUGUUGUGUUCAAUCUUCCAUGUGACCUGCCUUGUCUGGAACUGCGAGGAGUAACAGCGUAACCUACGUUGCUAGCUACCAUGACAAAGACCAAAGCUGGCGGGAGUACUGUUGAGGACAGUGGUGUCUCUACCACAGGUGAAGGAUAUUUUAAACAAACAGAGUUCUACAAGCAGUUUUUACAACCACAAGAAAAUAGCUUCAAGUGUUUUGUGCAAAUAAUAAAAUAAUGGACAACCUGACCAGAGGUCCAGGACCUGAAGAACAGUUUGCUGUUCUCCCAGGGUCAGCUCGAUGAGGUGAAACAGGAGAAUGGCAAAAUGACAGCAAUCUGUAAGUCAUUGAGCGAGGACAUCCGUUCUGUGUGUGAAUCCAUGAUAACAAUGACUGAUAAAUCAGAUUAUCUUGAUGGACAAUCAAGGUGGAACAACAUAGUUGUGGACGGAAUUGCAGAAUCUACACAUGAGACCUGGACGGAGUCUGAGGACAAAGUGAGGGAAAUGACCUCUGAGAAAUUAAAGAUGAACCACCGGAAGAUUGCGGUAGAGCGUGCCCGCAGGACUGGAAAAACCCCGUUACAGGCCCAGGCCGAUAGUGAUCAAGUUCCUGAGGUUCAAGGAUAAGGUAGCGGUUCUGGAAAGAGCCAAGAACUUGAGAGGAACGUAUAUCUUCCUCAAUGAGGACUAUCCUGAAGCUGUGCGCCAGAAGAGGAAAUAACUUAUCCCAGCCAUGAAAGCUGUCAGAGCGCGUGGGGACAUUGCUUACAUCCGCUAUGACAGGCUCAAUGUCCACCCUCCCUCCCAGAAGCCUGGAAGGAAUGAGAGACCCAAGCCUAUGGUUUCGUAGCUUCAACCCCGCAGCGCACACACACCAAUUGAUUAAUGGACUGCUGAAUGUAUAUUUUUUUCUCUUGCUUUGUUUGCUCUUUUCCAUAUUAUGUCUCUGAUAAGUUACCCAGGAAAGGGAUGAAAAUAGCCCAUAUUAAUAUAUGUAGCCUUAGAAUUAAGGUUAAUGAAAUCAAUAACUUGCUAACAUCAGAUAACAUUCAUAUAUUAGCUAUUUCUGAGACUCACUUAGAUAAUUCAUUUGAUGAUACAGCAGUAGCAAUACAAGGAUGUAACAUUUAUAGAAGAGACAAAAAUGCUUAUGGGGGAGGUGUUGCUGUAUAUGUUCAGAGCCAUAUCCCUGUAAUGCUUAGAGAAGAUCUUAUGUCAAGUGUUAUUGAAGUGUUGUGGUUGCAGGUUCACUUGGUACAUCUAAAGUAUUUUCUUUUGGGGUGUUGCUAUAGGCCACCAAGUGCUAACAGUUAGUAUCUAAAUAAUACAUGUGUGAAAUGCUUGAUAGUGUAUGUGAUGUUAACAGAGAGGUCUACUUUCUUGGGGACCUGAAUAUUGACUGGUUUUCAUCAAGCUGUCCACUCAAGAGGAAGCUUCUCACUGUAACCAGUGCCUGUAAUCUGGUUCAGGUUAUUAAUCAACCUACCAGGGUGUUUACAAAGACUACAGGAACAAGAUCAUCCACAUGUAUUGAUCACAUUUUUACUAAUACUGUAGAAUUUGUUCUAAAGCUGUAUCCGUACCCAUUGGAUGCAUUGAUCACAAUAUUGUGGCUAUAUCCAGGAAAGCCAAAGUUCCAAAAGCUUAUACAAAAUAGUGUAUAAGAGAUCAUACAAAAGAUUUUGCUGAGACUCUUAUGUGGAUGUUACAACUAUUUGUUGGUGUGAUGUGAUUAAUAAGGAGCACUGCACUUGAUGAAUUUUUGAAAUUGCUUCUUCCAAUUAUUGAUAAACAUGCACCUGUUAAGAAACUGACUGUUAGAACUGUUAAGGCUCCAUGGAUUGAUGAGGAAUUUUAAAAUGGUAUGGUUGAAAGAGAUGGGGCAAAAGGAGAGGCUAAUAAGUCUGGCUGCACAUCUGACUGGCUGACUUAAUGCAAAUUGAGAAAUUAUGUGACUAAACUCAACAACAAAAAAGAAGAACCUGUAUUAUGAAGCCAAGAUCAAUGAUAUAAAGAAUGAUGGGAAAAACUUCAUCUUUUAUCGAAUCAGAUUGCUUAUUCCUCACAAAACCAUUUGAUGUUGCCAGUUAUGUUAAUGAUUACAUCAUUGGCAAAGUGGGAAAACGUAGGCAGGAAAUGCCAACAACGAACAGUGAGCCAUCGUAUUCAUGCAUAAAAAAACAAAUAAUGAAAGAAAAUCAUUGUAAGUUAGAAUUUUGUAAAGUUAGUGUGGGAGAGGUGGAAAAAUUAUUGUUAACGAUCAAUAAUAACAAACCUCCUGGCAUUGACAACUUAGAUGGAAAGCUACUGAGGAUGGUAGCUGACUCUAUAGCCACUCCUAUCUGUCAUAUCUUUAAUUUGAGCCUAGAGGAAAGUAUUUGUCCUCAGGCCUGGAGGGAAGCUGAAGUAAUUCCGCUACCCAAGAGUGGUAAAGCGGCCUUUACUGGUUCUAACAGCAGACCUAUAAGCUUGCUGCCAGCUCUAAGCAAACUGUUGGAAGGAAUUGUGUUUGAUCAAAUACAAUGCUAUUUCUCUGUAAACAAAUUAACAGACUUUCAGCAUGCUUAUAGAGAAGGGUACUCAACAUGUACUGCACUGACACAAAUGACUGAUGAUUGGUUGAAAGAAAUUGAUAAUAAGAAGAUUGUGGGAGUUGUACUUUUAGAUUUCAGUGCAGCCUUUGAUAUUAUUGACCAUAACCUGUUGAAAAAACGUAUGUGUUAUGGCUUUUCAACCUCUGCCAUAUUGUGGAUUCAGAGCUAUCUAUCUAAUGGAACUCAAAGGGUUUUCUUUAAUGGAAGCUUCUCUAAUGUCAAACAUGUAAAGUGUUGUGUACUGCAGGGCAGCUCUCUAGGCCCUCUACUCUUUUCUAUUUUUGCCAAUGACCUGCCACUGGCAUUAAACAAAGCAUGUGUGUUCAUGUAUGCUGAUGAUUCAACCAUAUACGCAUCAGCAACCACAGCUAAUGAAGUCACUGAAACCCUUAACAAAGAGUUGCAGUCUGUUUUGGAAUGGGUGGCCAGUAAUAAACUGGUCCUGAACAUCUCUAAAACUAAGAGCAUUGUAUCUGGUUAUGAAUGGUGUGGCUGUUGAACAAGUUGAGGAGACUAAAUUACUUGGUUUACGAUCUAAUGUAACGCUAUCAUGGUCAAAGCAUAUAGAUUCAAUGUUUGUAAAGAUGGGGAGAGGUCUGUCCGUAAUAAAGAGAUGCUCUGCUUUAGAACAAAUUCAAGGAGAGAGGGGGAGAGAUUAUUAAUAUUGCAUGGGACUCCAUUCUAUCUCAUUGCUCAAAUGAACAGCAAACCUGGUUUAAAAAACAACAACAGAUAAAGCAGCACCUCACGGCACAAUGCCUCUCCCCUAUUUGACGGAGAUAGUCCUGAGGGGCGCAGUGGUCUAAGGCACUGCAUCGCAGUGCUAGCUGUGCCACUAGAGAUCCUGGUUCGAAUCCAGGCUCUGUCGCAGCCGGCCGCGACCGGGAGACUCAUGGGCAGCGCACAAUUGGCCUAGCGUUAUCCAGGGUAGGGGAGGGAAUGGCCGGCAGGGAUGUAGCUCAGUUGAUAGAGCAUGGCGUUUGUAACGCCAGGGUUGUGGGUUCGAUUCCCACGGGGGACCAGUAUGGGAAAAAUAUAUAUAUAUAUAUAUAUAUGUAUUCACUAACUGUAAGUCGCUCUGGAUAAGAGCGUCUGCUAAAUGACUAAAAUGUAAAUGUAUUGAUAUGUAGGCUACGUGUACCUUUUUUUUAUUUUUGUUGUUUUAUCCUUGAGCUGUUCUUGUCUAUUGCUGUUCUGUAUUAUGUCAUGUUUUGUGUGGACCCCAGGAAGAGGAGCUGCUGCUUUUGCAACAGCUAAUAGGGAUCCUAAUAAAAUACCAAACCCAAAGCUCAUAGCUGCAUGUUGGAGUUAUUUACAGGCUUGGCAUAUAAAGCAAAAAAGAGAAGGGGGGGGGGAUGAAAUGGUGACAUGAAGUGGUUUCUGUGAGGAGUACAGGCAGGGAGUGUUACACCAGGUGGUGGGUUACCAUAACAGGUAGGCCUACAUUAUAUUCACUGUGUUUAUGCACGUUUUUGGGGAUAUAAAAUUAAUCAAUAGGAUGCUAACUAGUUAAAAGAUCACAUUUGGGAUCUGGCUAGUGAUUAGCCCAAUGGGGUUCCCCAUCUGCAUUUACCCUAUGCUUCAGCCUAUUUAUUUAUAGCCACUAUGCCGCAUCAGUUGGCCUACAGGUGAUAAUGCUUAUUGCUAAUGGCAUACCUGAUAAUAUAGACCAAGCAUAGGCUAUAUGCAUGGUCUAACAUGUAUAAAUAAUUUAAACAAAUAAUUUCCCCAAUAUGUUAUUGGGUUCAUUUCUGGAGAUGGAAAUUAUAUUUUAGAUGGUGUCAGCAUAAUUAAAUGUGCAUUCAUUUUGGAAUAGAGUCACCAGAACUGAGCUUCGCAGUCUUUAUACAUAAAAAUUAUCCAGGGUGGACUUACAAAUUAUCUAGGGGAGAAGUUUACAUACACUUAGGUUGGAGUCAUUAAAACUCGUUUUCCAACCACUACAAAUAUCUUGUUAACAAACUAGUUUUGGCAAGUCGGUUAGGACAUCUACUUUGUGCAUGACACAAGUAAUUUUUCCAACAAUUGUUUACAGGCAGAUUAUUUCACUUAUAAUUCACUGUACCAGUGGGUCAGAAGUUUACAUACACUAAGUUGACUGUGCCUUUUUAAACAGCUUGGAAAAUUCCAGAAAAUGUCAUGGCUUUAGAAGCUUCUGAUAGGCUAAUUGACAUAAUUUCAGUCAAUUGGAAGUGUACCUGUGGAUGUAUUUCAAGGCCUACCUUCAAACUCAGUGCCUCUUUGCUUGACAUCAUGGGAAAAUCAAAAGAAAUCAGCCAAGACCUCAGGAAAAUGUUGUAGACCUCCACAACUCUGGUUCAUCCUUGGGAGCAAUUUCCAAAUGCCUGAAGGUACCACGUUCAUCUGUACAAACAAUAGUACGCAAGUAUAAACACCAUGGGACCACGCAGCCGUCACACCGCUCAGGAAGGAGACACGUUCUGUCUCCUAGAGAUGAACGUACUUUGGUGCGAAAAGUGCAAAUCAAUCCCAGAACAACAGCAAAGGACCUUGUGAAGAUGCUGUAGGAAACAGGUACAAAAGUAUCUAUAUCCACAGUAAAACGAGUCCUAUAUUGACAUAACCUGAAAGGCCGCUCAGCAAGGAAGAAGCCACUGCUCCAAAACCGCCAUAAAAAAGCCAGACUACGGUUUGCAACUGCACAUGGGGACGAAGAUCGUACUUUUUGGAGAAAUGUCCUCUGGUCUGAUGAAACAAAAAUAGAACUUAUUGGCCAUAAUGACCAUCGUUAUGUUUGGAGGAAAAAGGGGGUUGCUUGCAAGCCGAAGAACACCAUCUCAACCGUGAAGCACAGGGGUGGCAGCAUCAUGCUGUGGGGGUGCUUUGCUGCAGGAGGGACUGGUGCACUUCACAAAAUAUAUGGCAUCAUGUGGAAGGAAAAUUAUGUGGAUAUAUUGAAGCAACAUCUCAAGACAUCAGUCAGGAAGUUAAAGCUUUGUUGCAAAUGGGUCUUCCAAAUGGACAAUGACCCCAAGCAUACUACCAAAGUUGUGGCAAAAUGGCUUAAGGACAACAAAGUCAAGGUAUUGGAGUGGCCAUCACAAAGCCCUGACCUCAAUCCUAUAGAACAUUUGUGGGCAGAAUUAAAAAAGCGUGUGCGAGCAAGGAGGCCUACAAACCUGACUCAGUUACACCAGCUCUGUCAGGAGGAAUGGGCCAAAAUUCACCCAACUUAUUGUGGAAGGCUACCCGAAACGUUUGACCCAAGUUAAACAAUUUAAAGGCAAUGCUACCAAAUACUAAUUGAGUGUAUGUAAACUUCUGACCCACUGGGAAUGUGAUGAAUGAAAUAAAUGCUAAAAUAAAUCAUUCUCUCUACUAUUAUUCUGAUAUUUUACGUUCUUAAAAUAAAGUGGUGAUCCUAACUGACGUAAAACAGGGAAGUUUUACUAGGAUUAAAUUACAGGAAUUGUGAAAAACGGAGUUUAAAUGUAUUUGGCUAAGGUGUACAGUCGUGGUCAAAAGUUGAGAAUGACACAAAUAUUAAUUUUCACAGUGUGCUGCCUCAGUUUUUAUGAUGGCAAUUUGCAUAUACUCCAGAAUGUCAUGAAGAGUGAUCAGAUGAAUUGCAAUUAAUUGCGAAGUCCCUCUUUGCCAUGAAAAUGAACUUAAUCCCCCAAAAACAUUUCCACUGCAUUUCAGCCCUGCCACAAAAGGACCAGCUGACAUGUCAGUGAUUUCUCUCGUUAACACAGGUGAGUGUUGACGAGGACAAGGCUGGAGAUCACUCUGUCAUGCUGAUUGAGUUAGAAUAACAGACUGGAAGCUUUAAAAGGAGGGUGGUGCUUGAAAUCAUUGUUCUUCCUCUGUUAACCAUGGUUACCUGCAAGGAAACACGUGCCGUCAUCAUUGCUUUGCACAAAAAGGGCUUCACAGGCAAGGAUAUUGCUGCUAGUAAGAUUGCACCUAAAUCAACAAUUUAUCGGAUCAUCAAGAACUUCAAGGAGAGCGGUUCAAUUGUUGUGAAGAAGGCUUCAGGGCGCCCAAGAAAGUCCAGCAAGCGCCAGGACCGUCUCCUAAAGUUCAUUCAGCUGCGGGAUCGGGGCACCACCAGUGCAGAGCUUGCUCAGGAAUGGCAGCAGGCAGGUGUGAGUGCAUCUGCACGCACAGUGAGGCAAAGACUUUUGGAGGAUGGCCUGAUGUCAAGAAGGGCAGCGAAGAAGCCACUUCUCUCCAGGAAAAACAUCAGGGACGGACUGAUAUUCUGCAAAAGGUACAGGGAUUGGACUGCUGAGGACUGGGGUAAAGUCAUUUUCUCUGAUGAAUCCCCUUUCCGAUUGUUUGGGGCAUCCGGAGAAAAGCUUGUCCGGAGAAGACAAUGUUAGCGCUACCAUCAGUCCUGUGUCAUGCCAACAGUAAAGCAUCCUGAGACCAUUCAUGUGUGGGGUUGUUUCUCAGCGAAGGGAGUGGGUUCACUCACAAUUUUGCCUAAGAACACAGCCAUGAAUAAAAAAUGGUACCAACACAUCCUCCGAGAGCAACUUCUCCCAACCAUCCAAGAACAGUUUGGUGACGAACAAUGCCUUUUCCAGCAUGAUGGAGCACCUUGCCAUAAGGCAAAAGUGAUAACUAAGUGGCUUGGUGAACAAAACAUCGACAUUUUGGGUCCAUGGCCAGGAAUCUCCCCAGACCUUAAUCCCAUUGAGAACUUGUGGUUAAUCCUCAAGAGGCGGGUGGACAAACAAAAACCCACAUUCUGACAAAGUCCGAGCAUUGAUUAUGCAAGAAUGAGCUGCCAUCAGUCAGGAUGUGGCCCAGAAGUUAAUUGACAGCAUGCCAGGGCGGAUUGCAGAGGUCUUGGAAAAAGAAGGGUCAACACUGCAAAUAUUGACUCUUUGCAUAAACUUAAUGUAAUUGUCAAUAAAAGCUUUGGCACUUAUGGAAUGCUUGUAAUUAUGCUUCAGUAUACCAUAGUAACAUCUGACAAAAAUAUCUAAAAACACUGAAGCAGCAAAUUUUGUGAAGACCAAUACUCCAAUAUUCUCAACUUUUGACCACGACUGUAUGUAAACUUCUGACUUCAACUGUAUGUCUGCUUCAUUUGAUGAGGUGUUAAAAACAAAAACUUUUGUUGGUCCUGACAGGUGAGCGACACUGAGACUCGUCUGGAAUGCCUGCUCAACAACAACAAAAACUCUGACUUCUGUGCACCGCUGACAUCCUUUGACUGGAAUGAGGUGGACCCUAACCUGCUGGGUGAGAAUAACUUUUUAUCCUUUUUUUUAUGGACUACAUUACCGGAUUCUCUGGACGCCUCUUCCCGAUAGCUAAACAACCGUACCUUCUAGGCUUGGGCGUUAAACCAGGGUAUUUGGAAAUAGCCACAGGAUGUUUUUUCAAUACCGUUGAAACUAUUUCUUUGAAGUUUUUCAAUACAUUUUUAUAUUUGUAGCUACUUUUUAAGUACCGUAAUUUUCGGACUAUAAGCCGUGCCUUUUUUCCCAUUUUUCGACCCUGCGGCUUAUAUAACGGUGCGGCUAAUCUAUGGAUUUUUACAGCUAACGGCCACUAGAAGACGACCUAAAUCUAUGGAUUUUACAGGUUACAGUCCACCAACUUUAACUCUAUGGGCUCUAUGACCGGUCCGCGCCCCCCACCUUUAAGCGGCGGGCUCCAGCAGGAAAAGCUGGAGGCCGGAAAAGAGUGAGACAGGUAGCGCGCAAAAGUAAAAGUGGAACCGAGAGUGGUACGAGAGACCGAACGAGAGACAGAACGAGAGCAAGACAGUUUGUCUCUUUCCCGACAAUCCCCUCUGUGCACGAACCCUUACAUAUGGUAAUUAAACAUGAAAACACCUGCGGCUUAUAGUCCAGUGCGGCUUAUAUAUGUACACAUCAUUCAAUAUCAUUCAAUUUAGCUGCUGCGGCUUAUACUCCGGUACGCCUUAUAGUGCAGAAAAUACGGUAUACUGAACAAAAAUAUAAACGCAACAUGCAACAAUGUCAACGAUUUGACAGAGUUACAGUUCGUAUAAGGAUAUCAGUCAAUUGAAAUCAAUUCAUUAGGCCCUAAUCUAUGGAUUUCACAUAUGCAUCCGUUGGUCACAGAUACCUUUAAAAAGAAAAAGUAAGGGCAUGGAUCAGAAAACCAAUGCAGCGCGACACAUGCUGUGCGAUAUCUCCUUCGCAUAGAGUUGAUCAGGCUGUUGAGCGUGGCCUGUGGAAUGUGUCCCACUCCUUUUCAAUGGCUGUGCGAAGUUGGUGGAUAUUGGCGGGAACUGGAACACGCUGUCAUACACGUCAAUCCAGAGCAUCCCAAACAUGCUCAAUGGGUGACAUGUCUGGUGAGUAUGCAGGCCAUGGAAGAACUGGGACAUUUUCAGCUUCCAGGAAUUGUGUAUAGAUCCUUGCGACAUGGGGUCAUGCAUUAUCAUGCUGAAACAUGAGGUGAUGGCGGCGGAUGAAUGGCACAAUGGGCCUCAGGAUCUCGUCACAGUAUCUCUGUGCGUUCAAAUUCCCAUAGAUAAAAUGCAAUUUUGUUCGUUGUCCGUAGCUUAUGCCUGCCGAUACCAUAACCCCACCGCCACCGUGGGGCACUCUGUUCACAACGUUGACACUGCUCGCCCACACAACGCCAUACACAUGGUCUGCGGUUGUGAGGCCGGUUGGACGUACAGCCAAAUUCUCUAAAAUGACAUUGGAGGCAGCUUAUGGUAGGGAAAUGAACAUUCAAUUCUCUGGCAACAGCUCUGGUGGACAUUCCUGCAGUCAGCAUGCCAAUUGCACGCUCCCUUAAAACUUGAGACAUCUGUGGCAUUGUGUUGUGUGACAAAACUGCACAUUUUAGAGUGGCCUUUUAUUGUCCCCAUCACAAUGUGCACCUGUGUAAUGAUCAUGCUGUUUAAUCAGCUUCUUGAUAUGCCACACCUGUCAGGUGGAUUGAUUAUCUUGGCAAAGGAGAAAUGCUUACUAACAGGGAUGUAAACAAAUUUGUUGCCAAAAUUUGAGAGAAAUAAGCAUUUUGUACGUGUGGAAAUUUUCGGGAUCUUUUAUUUCAGUUUCAUGUUGCGUUUAAUAUUUUUGUUCAGUGUAAAUACCUGCAGUCAACUUGUGCAAUACGUUAGGAGAUAAAGCAGAUCGCGUUCUUCGUUUCACAUUAUGAAGCUUACCGUAGUUCCCCAGAACAGUUGACCCAGUCGUGUUUUUGUUAAUAGCACAACGGGGGAAAGCGAGAGCAGUAGAGUCGAAUUGUGUAUUUGGUUUAAUUUCCCAGUUAGAUAAGUAAUUAGCUGAAUUAAUGAGGAGAUGGGACACACAUAGUGUUAGCUUUCUGCCGUGUUUGAGAAGUCUAAGCUCUUUGGACGAGUUAUCUGUACAGCUGUCACUGCUAUCUUGAUUUCCUUGCGUUUGUUCUCCUCUCUGUUCUCGGCCUCAGUCUGCUCCUCUCCCCUCCUCCUUCUCAGAGCAGGCAUGCAGGCCAUCGCCCUAGCAACUCCACACAGACACAGCGUGGUACACAUGCUGCUCAAGAGCAUGCUUCAAAACUUACCGUAUUUUCCGCACUAUAAGGCGCACCGGAGUAUAAGCCGCAGCAGCUAAAUUGAAUGAUAUUGAAUGAUGUGUACAUAUAUAAGCCGCACUGGACUAUAAGCUGCAGGUGUUUUAAUGUUUAAUUACCAUAUGUAAGGGUUCGUGCACAGAGGGGAUUGUCGGGAAAGAGAUGGCUGCUUGAAAACUUCCUUUGCACAAUCUGUCUUGCUCUCGUUCUGUCUCUCGUACCACUCUCGGUUCCACUUUUACUUUUGCGCGCUACCUGUCUCACUCUUUUCCGGCCUCCAGCUUCUCCUGCUGGAGCCCGCCGCUUAAAGGUGGGUGGCGCGGACCGGUCAUAGAGCCCAUAGAGUUAAAGUUGGUGGACUGUAACCUGUAAAAUCCAUAGAUUUAGGAGGUCUUCUAGUGGCCGUUAGCUGUAAAAAUCCAUAGAUUAGCCGCACCGUUAUAUAAGCCGCAGGGUCGAAAAAUUGGAAAAAAGGCGCGGCUUAUAGUCCGAAAAUUACGGUAGUUCAUUUGACAAUGUCUCUCGUUCAGAUUCGCUUGUAAAUGUCCAAACUCUACUACCUAUAUAUCUUUAUGAGCUGGAUUUCCUGUCUUUGCAAUUCGUUUAUUUUUGUUUGCGCUCGUUAGCAUAGUUAGUUAGCAUCCUCCAUGGAAAUACACUGUUACUUGUGCUAAUUUUGUUAGCAUUUUGGCAAAAGAUGCCCAAUGGGCUUCUACCGCCCCGUUGUGUACUAAAGCUGGUAAUACCAUAAAUCCCGGGAUGCGAGAGGACUGUAUGACGAUGUCAAAAUCGGGUUACUGCCCAACCCUAGUACCUUCAACCGUAACGUUAGUGCAUGUCCGUUCGGCUUCCCAGAGGUGGAACAGGCUACUCUGGCUCAUUUCAAUGAUGUGAUGUCUAUCAAAUUGUGCAGUGUUGCAUGAUCAUUGAGAAGCGAAAUAACAGUUGUAUGUUAUUUAUUUUUACAUGUUGUGUUAGGUUAUGUUGUCAUACGGGCUAAAGGCGUUUGGUUUCACCCCACAUUUAGGAUAAGGAUUUUGCCCCCAAAUUUUCUUUGCAUCCUUUUGUUUGUGGUACUGCAAUAGCCUUAGUUACAACAGACAUAGGUUGUAGCUACACGUCGAUCAUGUUGUCCUAAAUUAGCCUAUAAGAUCUAUAUAUUUUUGGAAUUUUCAUUCAAACUGCUGCAGGGUUUUUAUUUCAGCUGUAAAGAGAUAUGAGGCAAAGAUGUACAGUGCAUUCGGAAAGUAUUCAGACCCCUUGACUUUUUCCACAUUUUGUUACGUUAUAGCCUUAUUCUGAAAUUGAUUAAAUUGUUUUUUUCCUCAUCAAUCUACACACAAUACCCCAUAAUGACAAAGCAAAAACAGAUUACAUUUUUUUGGGUGCAAAUGUAUUAAAAAUAAAAUACUGAAAUAUCAUAUUUACCUAAGUAUUCAGACCCUUUACUCAGUACUUUGUUGAAGCAUCAUUGGCAGCGAUUACAGCCUCGAGUCUUCUUGGGUAUGACGCUACAAGCUUGGCACUCCUGUAUUUGGGUAGUUUCUCCCAUUCUUCUCUGCAGAUCCUCUCAAGAUCUGUCAGGUUGGAUGGGGAGCGUUGUUGCACAGCUAUUUUCAGGUCUCUCCAGAGAUGUUCGAUCGGGGUUCAAGUCCGGACUCUGGGUGGGCCAAUCAAGGACAUUCAGAGACUUGUCCCGAAGCCACUCCUGCGUUGUCUUGGCUGUGUCCUGUUGGAAGGUGAACCUUCGCCCCAGUCUGAGGUCCUGAGCGCUCUGGAGCAGGUUUUGAUCAAGGAGCUCUCUGUACUUUGCUCUGUUCAUCUUUCCCUCGAUCCUGACUAGUCUCCCUGCUGCUGACAAACAUCCCCACAGCAUGAUGCUGCCACCACCAUGCUUCAACGUAGGGAUGGUGCCAGGUUUCUUCCAGACGUGACGCUUGGCAUUCUAGCUAAAGAGUUCAAUCUUGGUUUCAUCAGACCAGAGAAUCUUGUUUCUCAUGGUCUGAGAGUUCUUUAGGUGCCUUUUGGCAAACUCUUGGUUCCAAACUUCUUCCAUUUAAGAUUGAUUGAGGCCACGGUGUUCUUGGGGACCUUCAAGGCUACAGAAAUUUUUUGGUACUCUUCUCCAGAUGUGUGCCUCAACACAAUCCUGUCUCGGAGCUCUACAGACAAUUCCUUCGACCUCGGGGCUUGGUUUUUACUCUGACAUGCACUGUCAACUGUGGGAACUUAUACAGACAGGUGUGUGCCUUUCCAAAUCAUGUCCAAUCAGUUGAAUUUACCCUAGGUGGACUCCAAGUUGUAGAACCAUCUCAGGGAUUAUCAAUGGUGUCAGAGGAAGGCCCUCAAAAUUGUCAAAGACUCCAGCCACCCUAGUCAUAGACUGUUCUCUCUGCUACCGCACGGCAAGCGGUACCGGAGUGCCAAGUCUAGGUCCAAAAGACUUCUCAACAGCUUCUACCCCCAAGCCAUAAGACUCCUGAACAGCUAAUCAUGGCUACCCGGACUAUUUGCACUGCCCCCCCACCCCAUCCUUUUUACGCUGCUGCUACUCUGUUAAGUAUUUAUGCAUAGUCACUUUAACUCUACCCACAUGUACAUAUUACCUCAACUACCUCAACUAGCCGGUGCCCCCGCACAUUGACUAUGCAACGGUACCCCCCUGUAUAUAUAGCCUCCCUACUGUCACUUUAUUUUACUGUAUAUAUAGCCUCCCUACUGUCACUUUAUUUUACUUCUGCUCUUUUUUUUCUCAACACUUUUUUGUUGUUGUUUUAUUCUUACUUUUUUGUUUAAAAUAAAUGCACUGUUGGUUAAGGGCUGUAAGUAAGCAUUUCACUGUAAUGUCUGCACCUGUUGUAUUCGGCGCAUGUGACCAAUAAAAUUUGAUUUGAUUUGAAACAGGAUGCACCUGAGCUCAAUUUCGAGUCUCAUAGCAAAGGGUCUGAAUACUUAGGUAAAUAAGGUAUUUAUGUUUUCAAUUUCUAAAAACCUGUUUUUGCUUUGUCAUUAUGGGGUAUUGUGUGUAGAUUGAGGAUUUUUUAAAAAUUUAAUUUUUUUUUUAGAAUAAGGUUGUAAUGUAACUGUGGAAAAAGUCAAGGGGUCUGAAAACGUUCCGAAUGCGCUGUACAUCCCGUCGAUCAAAUUGGCUGAUAACACAUGCCCAGAAUGUGAUAUGGUUGUUUAGCUCUGGGGAAGAGGUGUCCUCGUGUGCGGAACGGGGCGGUUCGAUCCGGUCACGCAGCCUCUGCCUUCUUUUUAACACUAAAUGUCAAUAGCAAAGAAUUGAGUCUUGAGCAAGUAUGAGCUCUUGUCGCCUCUUCACAAACAAGAGACACUAGCAUAUACCAUUAGCUCUCCAGGUGUCAUUCUUAUACACCCAUGGUUGGUCCCAUUUUAAAAGAACAUCUUAUAAAGACUUUAUAUAGAGCAUUCAUAAUGUCUUUAUUAGCUCUACAUCGAUGCUUCACUUCACGUUUUAUAAGCAAAGUCUUACUACAUAAAGGGGGAUAUAAAAGGUUCUUACGUCUGUUGCUUUGCCAAAUGCAGCAUAACCCUUUUGCCACCCUUUUAUAUAGCAUGACAUUUGCUUAUGAAUGAUACAUAGGCCUUAUAAAGGGUAUAGGAAGGCUUCAUUAAAGAUGCGCUGUAAAGGUUUUGUAUAAUUUCAGCCAGUAGUUUUAGCUCUCAGGCCAAAACAGGUCCCAUAAAAUUCCCCUGCAAUUCAAAUGAUAUGUUACAAAUUCCAAUUCGUACAACAUUUUAUGAAUUUGUAAGUACUUAAGAUCCCAUUGAAUAAAUCUCAUGUUUCUUCUCUGUAGGUACCUCCAGUAUUGACACCACCUGCACUAUCUGGGGCCUGGAGACAGGUCAGGUACUGGGCAGGGUCAACCUGGUGUCUGGCCAUGUCAAGACUCAGCUCAUCGCCCAUGACAAAGAGGUAAAGGCACUGCAGGGGUUAGGCCAGAGCUGAAAUAAACAAAGUUCCAAUAUCCACACUUUCAUACUAAGUAUGUGGUGAUGUAUUGGUCAUGCAUGCUACGUAGUAUGCUAGUGUGGAUAUUGGGCAUAUUCAAUUAAAUGGUAUAGCAAUGUCCCAAGUGAUCAAUGAAAUUGCCUCCACCCAUUGUAAGUCGUCGUAUUUUGCCAUACUUGCCUAAAGUAUCUGUCAAGUCAAUUGACUAUGAACAAACCAUAUUUUCUAUCGAAACAGUAGAUGUCACUUGUUAUUUCACCAAAUGUCUGUCCUGUGUGUGUCCUUGUCACAGGUCUAUGACAUCGCAUUUAGCCGAGCCGGUGGUGGCCGGGACAUGUUUGCGUCGGUGGGGGCAGACGGCUCUGUGCGCAUGUUUGACUUGCGCCACCUGGAGCACAGCACCAUCAUCUACGAGGACCCCCAGCACCACCCGCUGCUCCGCCUCUGCUGGAACAAACAAGACCCCAACUACCUGGCCACCAUGGCCAUGGAUGGAAUGGAGGUCUGCUCUGUCUGUGUCUGUUUGCCUGUCUGUCUGCAUGUCUGUCCCAUCCUUCAUUGUACUGUAUGUGAUUACGUUCAUGUGAUUGAUUAAUGCUAUAGCAAUGCAAAUAAUGUGUUUGGUUAUCUGGCUAAAAUACUGGAACAGUAGAAAUCCGUCAAUUGUGCUAAACAAAAAUUCUAGUGGUCUAUGAUUAUAUGUAUUCUACCUUAGCAUGUGCAUUAUUCUCUAUGUCCGUCCCAGGUGGUGAUCUUGGACGUCCGUGUGCCAUGCACCCCAGUGGCCAGACUCAACAACCACCGUGCCUGUGUCAACGGCAUCGCCUGGGCGCCCCACUCCUCCUGCCACAUCUGUACAGCAGGUAUGCUCUCUGUUUCCUCCCGCUAAGCUUAUACAGUAUUAACCAUGUGCGUAUGUGCCAACCAGCCAUGUGCUAACCUUCCAAGUAAUUUUUUUUACAUAUUUGAUUCCUUAGUUUUUGAAGUAGUAUUUGGAAAAUGACAAGGACUUUGGGAUGAUUUGGACUUAAAAUUAAAACAUGAUAAUAUCGGGUGCAGUUACUUAAAUUGGUUUUUGGUUGUAAAAUGCUAAAUUUGGCGGAUGGUGGCAGUGGCUAGGUAAACAAACUCAAAGUUUGCAAUGCACUCCUUCAAGGUAUGGAAACAUAUGUCAUUUUGUAAUUGGGGUGAGCUAUCUCUUAAAUGUACAUUAUUGAUUGAUUAAUCCAUAAGAUUCAGUUGACAAAAACAUCAAAGAUAUUCUCAGAAAAUAUGAAUAUAGAUGAAAUAGCACAUCUGCACCGCUGGUGAGAUUUUAUCUUUUAUAAAUCGUUGUUCCAUAACAUCCCCUUGGAAUUAUUUAGUAAAACUAGAGCACAGGGCUGAAAAUAAAUACCAUUGAUUAUCAAAUCUGACCUCUAGUAGCCCAGAACACAAGCAUUGAUUUCGGUCUACAAUACACUAACUACUGUUCCCUUUCCUGUCCGGAAAGUAGCGGAUGACCAUCAGGCGCUGAUCUGGGACAUCCAGCAGAUGCCCAGGGCCAUCGAGGACCCCAUCCUGGCCUACACAGCCGAAGGCGAGAUCAAUAACGUCCAGUGGGCAUCCACCCAGCCUGACUGGAUUGCAAUCUGCUACAACAACUGCCUAGAGAUUCUCCGCGUCUGA